UGCAUUUGCGAAAAGUGGUUUUGUUUAGCCCAGCGGGUAGCAGAGAUGUGCCUAAAAUCAAUGUGUCAUUUUCGUUCAGCAUAUUAGCCUCAGGAGGUAAAUAAUGCUUUGACCUGGUCGACGAAAAUCAAACUCAUAAAUAAACAUUAAGUCAAAUGUACAGACCAGGCCAAGCAAUUUAAACAAAGAAAAACACUAAAUAGAAACCAAUUAGCUCCUAAAAAGUUAUAAACAGUGAAAACAUGGGGUGCUUAAGUAGUAAAGACCGUUUAACCAAAGAAGACAUGGAGUUCUUAAAAACGCAUACGAGAUAUGACGAAGCCACAAUUAAAGAGUGGUAUAAGGGAUUUAAGCAAGAUUGCCCCAACGGCCGAUUGACGCCUGCUAAGUUUGUCGAUAUGUAUAAAAUGUUCUUUCCAUCCGGAAAUGCGGAAGAGUUUUGUGACCAUGUUUUUCGUACAUUCGAUAUGGACAAAAAUGGAUAUAUUGACUUUAAGGAAUUUUUACUCGCAAUAGAUGUAACUUCAAGCGGAACACCGGAGGAAAAGCUUAAGUGGGCCUUUCGAAUGUACGAUGUCGAUGGCAAUGGUGUUAUAGACAUACAAGAAAUGACCAAAAUUGUUCAGGCAAUUUAUGACAUGCUAGGAGCGUGCUCAUCUAAUCGUCCAGCUGAUUCAGCAGAAGAAAGAGCAAAAAAUAUUUUUGCAAAAAUGGACGAAAAUAACGAUGGUCAAUUAACCCAAGAUGAGUUCUUGAAAGGAUGCUUGCAAGAUGAGGAGUUGUCAAAAAUGUUGGCACCAUAAACAAUUAUAUCCUACAAUAUGUGUGUAUUUGAUGAAAUCAGUAAUGAAAUGUAUAAAUACUUAAUUUAUAUUUCUUAUACUAAAAUUAAACUACUAUAAAACUAUGCAAUCAUUAAA